UUUGUUUUUGGUCAUUUUCAAUCGUUUUACAGGGUGUUAGUUCUAACGUAAAAUGAACUUUUUUAAAAAGUCAAAAUAUUCGUUAUCAAGCGGCAAGCCGACCAAGAAGGAAGAAAAGAAAGAACAUUUUCACAAACUUAACACCGGGGCAGAGCAAUCAAAUGGGAAUAAAAAAGGGAAAGCCCCGCCGAAAAUCGAAAGUUGUUUCACCAUAGUCAACUCGACACCAUUUGUGUGGAACCUUGAACCGACUGAUAGCCGGGAAUUCCCAAAAGUGAUACCAGCAAGCGAGCGAAAGGUAGUCCAGUUUAACGGAGGAAACACACACGGCACCGCAAAGUACAAGUUUAACGUUGAAAAAGAUGGGAAUAUAACACCUUGUACAAUAUCGGUGGAUGUAAAGAAAAACGAAACCAGCAAGAAGUGGUUUCUAAAAAUAGACUGGGCUGAUCUGGCUUCAAUUGACGGGAUCAGCGUUAAACCGGAUGAAACCGGUUCCGAAGAAGGAUUGCAUUUCGAAAAUGACGAAACGCGUUUGCUUGUCAGUGUAACGUACAGUCAGGAUCAGGAAUUUUGAUUUUUAUACCAACUGUUUUCACACAAACUAUGUCACACAAACAGACUGAUGCUGGUCCUCAACGGCUGGGUAAAGCCGUUAUACAAAAUAAUUUCACUGAUACAAUUACACCAUGUAUGUCAAUAGCAUUGACAUGUAUGUACACAGUAAAUAAGAUGCCUCUGUUUUAUAGCAUAUUUACAUUAACUGUUACACCUGGUGCAAGGUAUUUAGGUAGCGCUUGUGUCUGUAAUACGUUGGCCUUAACUACACUGCUAUUUUUAUGUAUAAACCAUAGCACUGUGGGGUAAGAUGGGAUACCGUUAGCGCCUAAUUUCCAUAUUUCCUACUCGUGUUUUAAACAAUUAACAAUACUUUUCUUAGGGGCGUGGGAAUACGGUUUCAUAAUUCUUUAAAUAUAUAUACUUUGUUUAUUACCACGUUGGGCGAGAAAUAAUAAUGAAAACAUGUCCUAUCUUACCCCAGCCUAGUAUGUGUAAAUAAUUUGUACAAUACUUCGUUUUAAAAUAAACAAAAAAAUCGCAAUGAAAAA